CGAGAACUGAUUUCUGCUUCCGUUUCUUCUCAGAUUAUUUAUUCCUAUAUAUCACGUUUUCAGGAAACCCUAAUUUUAAUUUCUUCUGAUAUAUUUUAGUUUCAGCUUUCUUAGGGGAAGCAGAAAUUCUGUUUCUUUUGGAUUCAUAGCCAUGGGUACUGGGGAUCUUGUAAGCGUUCACCCUACAGAACUCAAAUUCCAGUUUGAAUUGAAGAAACAAAGUUCAUGUUCUUUGCAACUGACCAAUAAAACAGAUAAAUAUGUGGCGUUCAAGGUCAAAACAACAAACCCCAAAAAAUAUUGUGUCCGUCCCAAUGCUGGUAUUGUUUUGCCCCAAAGCACAUGCAAUGUUACAGUAACAAUGCAAGCUCCGAAAGAGUUACCCCCUGAUUUGCAGUGCAAGGACAAAUUUCUCCUCCAAAGUGUUGUUGCAGCAGAUGGUGCAACUACAAAAGACAUUACUCAGGAUAUGUUUAGCAAAGAGGAUGGCAAGGCUGUCAAAGAGUUCAAGUUGAGGGUCAUUUACAUUCCUGCAAAUCCCCCAUCACCUGUCCCUGAAGGAUCUGAAGAAGGUUCUCCUCCCAGGGCAUCGGUGCUUGAGAAUGGGCAUCAAAAUAUGUCAUUAUUUGAUUCUGUAUCAAGAUCUUUAGAGGAUCCUAAAGAGAAGUCUUCAGAGGCAUGGUCUAUGAUUUCUAAGUUGACUGAGGAGAAAACUUUGGCUUUGCAACAAAAUCAGAAAUUACAUCAAGAACUGGAUCUGAUGAAAAAACAAAUGAGCAAAAGUGGUGCUGGUGGCUUCUCUUUAUUAAUUGCGAUGCUGGUUGGUCUCCUUGGCAUCCUGGUUGGUUACCUUCUCAAUUAAACGCUGGAACUUGCAUUGGGUGUUUGGAAUCAAAUAUGAUUGAGGCCUUAGAUCUUCUUCACACUAACUGUUUUUGGGACUUUUCUAUUUCUAGUGUGUAAAUUGUAGCCUCUCAUUAUUGUAUUUAGACAUUGUGAAUGAUUGAUUUAUCCAAGUCUCUUAUUAAGAGCAACUUUUUUGGGUUUUCAAUGUUGAUGAAGUUGGGCUCA